AUGGACAAGAUAAUAGCAGCUAGCAGUGUGCAAGAUCUGCAGUCUCUCAAGAGUAUGCUUGUUAUCAACACUAGAAAACACAUUACUGAUGAACACAUUUGGUUGUCGGUUCUGAUUCGACCGGAGUGGAGCCGCUUCAGCCGUGUGGAAAGAUUGGGAUGUUGCCUGACCUUCUUGCUGUUGGCCAUGAUCACAAGUGCAAUGUUUUAUAGAGGGGCUCCUGAUGUGGACAGACAAAGACCUCAUCCUGGGCUGUUGAUUGGUCCGGUCAGACUUAGUUUCCAACAGCUAUACUACUCCUUGGUGUCUGCUGUGAUCUCUGCCAUACCAGUUGCUGUCCUUGUGACCAUCUUCAGAAAAGCAAGAACUACUCCAGACAAAGGUGACUUGUUUUGCUGUUGUUCUUUCACACUGACUGAUGUAAAAGCAGUAGAGUCCAAAAACACAUGCUGUUCUAAACUACCUUGGAUGGCAAAGAUGGAAGAGCAACUGAAAAAGCUGGAUAACAUCUUACUAAUUAAACCAGAUGCAGAGGAAGUGAAAACAACAUGGCCACAGUGGUGCAGAUCUGUUGGCUGGAUCCUUGUGUUUUUGCUGACUUCAGUCUGCAGCUUUUUUAUAAUUCUUUACACCAUGGAAUGGGGAAGAGAUGUCACUGAGGAAUGGUUGUCUUCUUUCUUUCUUGCCUUUAUUGAGUCCCUUUUUGUUGUUGAUCCUUUCAAGGUAUUAUUAAUUUCAUUUCUGCUGUCAAUUUUUGUGAGAAAGACAAAGGUGAAAGGCAUAGAUGAACUGAAUCUACAACAUAUUCGUCAAGUUAACAAGGAAUAUGGCGUUAAGAACAGUAAGUCACAUAGUCUUGAUGAGACAGAUCCUCCUCGUGAAAGUGUCUCAUUUCUCCCAACUGUGACAGAGGAGGAACUGCAAGCUGCAACACGUAAAAGAAAAAUUCAUAUCAUGGUUCGAAAAACCCUCUGGGAACUGGCUGUUCAUUGCAUAUUCCUCAUCAUUGUCUGUAGUUUGUGCUAUUCAAACCGUACAGCUCAUGCAUAUCACUUACACGCCAAGGUUUACAAAGAUCUUGUUGGUCACAAGGCUACUGGUUUCAGUUCU